AUGGGCUGCGUCUGCGCAAUUGUCUUCACUUGCUUCGGUGCUGCCUACGGAACUGAUAAGGUCGGCGGUGGCGUUUGCUCGACGGCCGUCUCACGACCCGACUUAGUUGUAAAGAGUAUAGUCCCGGUUGUGAUGGCUGGCAUUAUCGGGAUCUAUGGCUUAGUCGUUUCUGUUCUUGUGGCAAAUGAUCUGAAGCAAAGUCUGCCCUUAUAUAUAGGCUUGAUACAGCUUUGUACAGGUCUCUCCGUCGGUCUUACCGGCCUAGCAUCUGGUUUCGCUAUUGGAGUCGUUGGUGAUGCCGGAGUUCGUGGAAUAGCUCAGCAGCCAAGGCUGUAUGUUGGCAUGAUUCUAAUACUCAUCUUCGCUGAAGUUCUUGGUCUAUACGGUUUAAUCGUCGCCCUUCUCAUGAACUCGGUCGCGGAACAAAAUGUCGAGAAGUGCAUGUGA